ACCACUCUCCACCCAUUCAACUCAAAUCUCCAAAGCAUAUCAGUUUCGGUUUCACUUUGCAUUUUUCUUUGUCAAUAUCACUCACGAUUCCGAUACAAGUGAUUGAAAAAUGGCUGAUGAAGUGAAGAAUUACCAUCACCACGAGAGCAAGACCGAUGAGCCAUGCGAGGCCGCCCCCGCCAAGACUGAGGAAUAUGCGGCGGUGGAGAGCAGCGAUCGUGGGCUGUUCGAUUUCAUGGGGAAGAAAGAGGAGGAGAAGAAGUGCGAGGAGGAGGUGAUCGCCACCGAGUUUGAAGAGAAAGUUCAGGUUUGUGAGGAGGAGGAGGAGAAGAAAGAAGAACAGGAGAAGAAGCACGAGGGAUUGCUUGAGAAGCUCCACAGGAGUAACAGUUCUAGCAGUUCUUCGAGUGACGAGGAGGAGGUAGAGGAAGGUGGAGAGAAGAAGAAGAAGAAGAAGGGUCUGAAGGAGAAGAUUAAGGAUAAGUUGUCUGGAGAGAAGAAGGAAGAAGAGAAGGCCGAUGAGGUGAAGUACGAAGACACUGCUGUGCCAAUUGAGAAGUGUGAUGAUGCGCCAACUCACCAUGAACCCGAGGAGAAGAAAGGGUUCCUAGAUAAGAUCAAGGAGAAGCUCCCCGGCGGCAAGAAGACCGAGGAAGUUGCCGCUCCGCCCCACCAUGCUGCCGAGUGCGCCACCACUCCGGAAGCUGAGGGGAAGGAGAAGAAAGGGUUCUUGGAGAAGAUAAAGGAGAAGAUCCCAGGGUACCACUCCAAGAGCGAUGAGGAAAAGGAAAAGGAGAAAGAGGGUGCAUACCACUAAGAAAGCAAAAAAUGUUUGGUUUUCCUUUCAAUAAUUUGUGCUUUUUGGAUUGUCAUUGUGCUCUGUUUGGCUGGUUAAUUUCUUGAUGGGCUUCAAUGUAUUCUAUUUCUCUUUCUUCAAAAAAAAAAAAAAAGUUUUUUUAUUUUGUUGAAAAAAAUGUAUGUUAAGUGCUUUUGUUAUGUGCUUAUAUAUAUAUGCAUAUAAGGAAUUAAAGUUUGAUUA